AUGGCUUCAUAUCAAUUGCUUCCGGACGAUGUCCUCUUCCUGAUCCUCGAGGCUGAUUGCAACACCAAUGGAAAGUCUACAUUGUUCAAAUGGCGGCUCGUCAACAGCAUCUACAGCAGGUUUGCCUCGGGACUUCUUUUCAAGACGCAAUCCAUCACCUUCGGAUGUAAUAUAAAUAGCAAAAACACGCUUUCAAAAUCAGUCGAAUCCCUGCGUUUCCUAGACGCGAAUCCACGAAUUACACAAAUGAUUAGGAAAUUGACUUUGAGGGGAUUUAUCUCAACUGGAGACGACUUUACUGAAGUACCCGCCCUUCUGAGAAAGGUUCUUAGUAAGAUGGAAAGGCUUGACUGUCUCAAUUGGGAUCUGACCGUGGAAGGAUCUCGGCUCACGAGCGAGAAUUGCGACCAAGAAGAAGUACAGGCACACACACGACUACAACCUGAAGGUUUCUGGCUAUCUCGGCCUAAGACUAUCGUUGAGCUUUACAAAAACGUGGCCGCUCUCCCAAAUCUCAAGAGGCUAUGCUUGAAUAUGCCAUGGUGGGAAGCUGCGAUCCUUAAGCCUCUGAAUACAAAGGCUGAGGUACAUUUGCAAGCACCAGGUGCUGGGAUCUAUGAAUGGGAACCAGAAACUGUUAUAAGGAAGGAUAAUGUUUUCGGCCCAUUAACAUCCUUGGAUAUCACUGUUCAAGAGUAUAAUGGCAACAGCUAUGUCCACGCACUUCUUGAGAAAUCCCAGAACACCCUUAGACACUUGGUUUUCCGUUCGACUAAUGGUCUCGACUACCCCGAAAAGUAUGAAAAUUUGACUUUUCCGAAACUCGAGACCUUAGUUUGGGAGGUCUACAACCCAAACAGAUUCGACAGAAAAAACACGGGUUUAAAUAGUUCGUCCCAGAACUCUCUAUCAACAUUUCGCAAUGGCAAGAGGUUCCUUGGUGCAUUUCUCGAACGUCACCCCGGAAUCCGAUCUGUUAAGAUUGUUUUCAACCAUUCCCUGUUUCCUGGAAACGUUCUUGAAUGUGCUGCCAUCAAUUCUUGUGCGAGACCGUUUAUUGAUGCUUUAAAGCAAUUGCCCAAACUCGAGUUUCUUCAGUUUGUUGGGCUUCCAGUAUCGUGGGAAUUUGCGAUAUCAAUUGCGAAACAACACCCCCAGCUUCAAGGUCUCUGGCUACCAAUAAUGUUAGAGUCGCUCGAAGAACCCUUUUUGUACACGCCUUCGACACAAAAGGCAAGACCUUACGUGAACGAAUUACGGGAAUUGGUUUCUUUCACACCAAAACUUAAACUCCUCUGUUUAAAUACGAAGAAAACAUGGCAAUUUGAACUUUCAGAUGCAGUUUCAACGGUAGCAAAAAGCUCAGGAACAUUGGAUGUAGCUAUUGUUACUUGGGCUAGCCAAACAAAGUCAUGGUAUAGAUUUGAUUCUAAUCUAGUUUGGGGCGACCGGAUAUCCAAACGGUUAGCGCAAUAUUCUGCAUCUGUGCCGGUGUCGAAUCUUCAAUUCUGGCCACGACUCCCGAGGCCGAGCGGCGAGUGGCUUGAUAAUCCAGAUUGGAAUUAUUCAGAGGAAUUUAUGAGUGGUUUGAGAGAUGAUGCUAUUGGAAAUUCUAUUUUCGAUAUUUCAAGGACAUAUCAGGAGAAUCGGUUUCUUUCAAUCACUCAAAUUUGA